AUGGAAGAGGAGUACUUUGUGUCAACAGGCCUAAAUCCAUUUUUCUCCUUUAUAGUUUUAAGCAAGGAUUCCUGUUCUACCUGGGGCGGAGGGCAUUUUUCAACCUUUGAUAAAUAUCAGUACGACUUCACUGGGACUUGCAACUAUAUCUUUGCAACUGUAUGUGAUGAAUCCAGUCCAGACUUCAACAUUCAGUUCCGCCGUGGGCUGGACAAAAAAAUUGCAAGGAUCAUUAUUGAACUGGGUCCUUCUGUCAUCACUGUUGAGAAAGACAGCAUUUCUGUCAGGAGUGUCGGUGUCAUCAAGUUGCCCUAUGCCAACAAUGGAAUUCAAAUAGCGCCUUAUGGUCGCAGUGUCCGCCUUGUUGCCAAGCUGAUGGAGAUGGAACUAGUUGUCAUGUGGAACAAUGAGGACUACCUCAUGGUAUUGACUGAAAAAAAAUACAUGGGGAAGACCUGUGGAAUGUGUGGAAAUUACGAUGGCUAUGAACUAAAUGACUUUGUGAGUGAAGGUAAAUUGCUGGAUACAUACAAGUUCGCUGCAUUACAAAAAAUGGAUGAUCCAUCAGAGAUCUGCCUGUCUGAGGAGAUAUCAAUUCCUGCCAUCCCUCAUAAUAAAUAUGCCGUUAUCUGCUCUCAGCUGCUUAACCUGGUGUCACCAACCUGCAGCGUUCCAAAGGAUGGGUUUGUCACUCGCUGUCAGCUUGAUAUGCAGGACUGCAGUGAACCAGGACAAAGGAAUUGUACUUGCUCUACACUGUCAGAGUAUUCAAGGCAAUGUGCUAUGUCCCACCAAGUGGUGUUCAACUGGAGGACUGAAAACUUCUGCUCUGUAGGAAAAUGUUCUGCUAAUCAAAUCUACGAGGAAUGUGGUUCUCCGUGUAUUAAAACCUGCUCCAACCCUGAGUACAGCUGUUCCAGUCACUGCACCUAUGGUUGCUUUUGUCCUGAAGGAACUGUUCUUGAUGACAUCUCAAAGAAUCGAACGUGUGUCCACCUUGAGCAGUGCCCGUGUACACUGAAUGGGGAAACGUAUGCUCCUGGUGAUACAAUGAAAGCAGCAUGUAGAACUUGUAAAUGUACAAUGGGUCAAUGGAACUGCAAAGACUUGCCCUGCCCUGGAAGGUGCUCAUUGGAAGGAGGCUCCUUUGUUACCACAUUUGAUUCAAGAUCAUACAGGUUUCAUGGAGUUUGCACUUACAUUCUUAUGAAGAGUUCCAGCCUGCCACACAAUGGAACCCUAAUGGCUAUUUAUGAAAAGUCUGGUUAUUCUCAUUCUGAGACAUCGCUUAGUGCUAUAAUUUACCUGUCUACAAAGGAUAAAAUUGUGAUUUCUCAGAAUGAACUCCUUACUGAUGAUGAUGAACUUAAGCGGCUACCCUACAAAUCAGGAGACAUCACUAUUUUCAAACAAUCCUCAAUGUUCAUUCAAAUGCAUACAGAGUUUGGUCUGGAACUCGUUGUUCAAACAUCACCUGUGUUCCAGGCCUAUGUGAAAGUCAGUUCACAAUUCCAAGGAAGAACCCUAGGUUUGUGUGGUAAUUACAAUGGAGACACUACAGAUGACUUCAUGACUAGCAUGGAUAUCACUGAAGGAACAGCUUCCCUAUUUGUAGAUUCCUGGAGGGCAGGAAAUUGCCUUCCUGCUAUGGAGAGAGAGACUGACCCUUGUGCUUUGAGUCAGCUGAACAAAAUAUCUGCUGAGACUCAUUGCUCCAUUCUAACGAAGAAGGGUACUGUGUUUGAGAAAUGCCAUGCUGUGGUGAACCCUACUCCCUUCUACAAGAGAUGCGUCUACCAAGCCUGUAAUUAUGAAGAGACCUUUCCUUAUAUUUGCUCUGCUCUGGGAUCAUAUGCACGAACAUGCAGUUCAAUGGGCUUAAUCCUUGAAAACUGGAGAAACAGUAUGGACAACUGCACCAUUACUUGUACUGGCAAUCAAACAUUCAGCUACAACACUCGGGCAUGUGAAAGGACAUGCUUGUCACUCUCCAAUCCAACCCUGGAAUGUCAUCCAACCGACAUCCCAAUUGAAGGCUGCAAUUGUCCUAAAGGGAUGUAUCUGAACCACAAGAAUGAAUGUGUUCGUAAAUCUCAUUGUCCCUGCUAUUUAGAAGACAGGAAGUACAUCUUACCUGAUCAGUCAACAAUGACUGGUGGGAUAACCUGCUACUGUGUUAACGGGAGGCUAAGUUGCACUGGCAAACUUCAAAAUCCUGCAGAAAGCUGCAGAGCUCCUAAGAAAUAUAUAUCAUGUUCUGACGGCUUAGAAAACAAGUAUGGAGCUACAUGUGCCCCUACUUGUCAGAUGCUGGCUACUGGAAUUGAAUGUAUUCCUACUAAAUGUGAAUCAGGCUGUGUCUGUGCUGAUGGGCUGUAUGAAAAUCUUGAUGGCAGGUGUGUUCCAGCUGAGGAGUGUCCUUGUGAAUAUGGAGGCCUUUCUUAUGGAAAAGGUGAACAGAUCCAAACUGAAUGUGAAAUCUGCACUUGCAGAAAAGGAAAAUGGAAAUGUGUUCAGAAAUCAAGAUGUUCCUCAACAUGUAAUCUUUAUGGAGAAGGUCACAUCACUACUUUUGAUGGACAGCGUUUUGUGUUUGAUGGCAACUGUGAAUACAUAUUAGCUAUGGAUGGCUGCAAUGUUAAUAGACCUCUUUCCUCUUUUAAAAUUGUUACUGAGAAUGUCAUUUGUGGGAAAUCAGGGGUUACAUGCUCUAGAUCCAUCAGCAUUUACCUUGGGAACUUGACUAUUAUACUGCGAGAUGAAACCUUCUCUAUUUCUGGGGAAAAUUUUCAAGUGAGGUAUAAUGUGAAAAAGAAUGCCCUCCACCUGAUGUUUGAUAUCAUUAUCCCAGGAAAAUACAACAUGACUCUUGUAUGGAAUAAGCAUAUGAACUUCUUUAUCAAGAUCUCCAGGGAAACACAGGAAACUAUCUGUGGUUUGUGUGGAAACUAUAAUGGCAAUAUGAAAGAUGAUUUUGAAACCCGAAGCAAGUAUGUGGCAUCAAAUGAACUGGAAUUUGUGAAUUCUUGGAAAGAGAAUCCUCUUUGUGGGGAUGUAUACUUCGUAGUGGACCCCUGUAGCAAGAACCCUUAUCGUAAGGCUUGGGCAGAAAAGACAUGUUCCAUCAUCAACAGUCAAGUCUUUUCUGCCUGUCACAAUAAGGUGAAUCGGAUGCCCUAUUAUGAGGCCUGUGUUCGAGACUCAUGUGGUUGUGACAUUGGAGGUGAUUGUGAAUGCAUGUGUGAUGCCAUUGCAGUAUAUGCAAUGGCAUGUUUAGACAAAGGUAUCUGCAUUGACUGGAGGACUCCUGAGUUUUGCCCUGUCUACUGUGAGUAUUACAAUUCUCACAAAAAAACAGGAAGCGUGGAUACUUAUUCCUAUGGCUCCAGUGUCAACUGCACCUGGCAUUACAGGCCUUGUAAUUGUCCAAAUCAAUACUACAAAUAUGUCAACAUUGAAGGCUGUUACAACUGUUCUCAUGAUGAAUAUUUUGACUAUGAGAAAGAAAAAUGCAUGCCAUGUGGAUAUGAAAGCAUUAGUACUACACCUGAAACUUCUUCACCUUCAACAGUAACAGCAAUGCAGCCUAAAGAAACAAGAAGCUCUACUGCAGUCACAUUACCCACAGCUACCCAACCAACAUCACCUAGUAUUUCUGCAUCUACUGUACCAACUGAGACCACAAGUCCAACGGUAACUUCAAAAAUCACAGUUCCAAGAACUUCAUCAUCAUUGCCUCUUGUCACAAUAAAGUCAACAACUGAACGUACAACAUCAAUUUUUACUAUGCCAAACAUGACCUCAACGGUCACUACACCUUCCGUAACUACUUCAGCAAGAACCAUCUUCACUGAACCAAAAUCUACACCUACUGCCUCAGCAACCACUGCUACAACAGAGGCGGAAAAAAUAAGGUUCACCACACCACUCUUAGAGACUACUGUCAAAAAAGAAAUGACAAUACCUUAUACUACAUCUCAGAUGGCAACUUUCAGCAAGCCUGAGCUAACAACAGUAGAAGCAGUAACCCACAGGAGACCAACCACGCCGCACACUGUGCCACAUCUCACCACGCAGAAGACCACCCCUAUGACAAUGGCCAGCAGCAUCUCCAAGACCGUCUCCACAGAGGCCAGCACUGCCAGCAGUCCAGAAGUUCCACUGACAAGGAUAUCUCUGAGCCCCAGCUCUUUGCCUGCCACUUCAGCCGUAUCUGUUUCUUCCCCCUCAUCGCCAUCCUCAACACGGCUGAGACCGUCACAUCCGGCCUCCAAGACAACCAUGCCACCUCUCACCACAGAGAAGACCACCCCCAUCACAUCAUUCACCAGCACCUCCAAGACCUCUGUCUCCAGCGAGACUAGCCCCACCAGCAGCCCAGAAGUCCCACCAACAAUGACAUCCUCUGCCCCAAGCAGUGCUCUUAGUACCAGGCUACCAUCUGCUGCUCCAUCCACGCUCUUCUCCACCUCACCCUCAACCUCCAUGCCAAAACCCAUGCCUACAACACUAAGGCCAAAGCUUACUUCCCCAGCCACCAGUGCUUCAACAGAGUUGCUGAUACCUGCAUCCUCCACACCCUCCACAGCCAAAACCAGCCUGCUGCCAUCAUCAGCAUCUUCCCCCUUCUCAACUGUGUCCUCAACACCACUGAGCACAUCACAUCCCACAACCUCUACCCACAAAAAGACAACUGUGCUGCACAUGGUGCCUUAUAUCAUAACAGAGAAGACCACCCCAACUAUGGCUACCACCAGCACCUCCAAGACCUCCAUCUCCAGUGAAACCAGCCCUGCUAGCAGCCCAGAAGUCCCACUGACAACAUCCCCUGCCCCCAGUAGUGUUCUCAGCACCACGCCGCCACCUGCUGCUCCAUCCACACUCUUCUCCACUUUGACUCCAACCUCCAUGCCAAAGCCCACGCCUACAACAAUAAGGCCCAAGCCCUCUUCCCCAAUAACCAGCACUCCAGAGUCACCUACAACUGCAUUCUCCACACCCUCCACAGCCAAAACCAGCCUGCUGCCAUCAUCUGUGUCUUCCCCUUUCUCAACUGUGUCUUCAGCACCACUGAGCACAUCACAUCCCACCUCCACCCACAAAAUGACAACUGUGCCACACAUUGUGCCGCCAGUCACCACAGAGAAGACUACUCCCACUGUGCCUGCCACCAGCACCUCCAUGAUCUCUGUAUCCAGCAUGGCCAGCCCCACCAGCAGCCCAGAAGUCCCACUGACGACAACAUCUCCUGCCCCCAGCAGCACUCUCAGCACAAGGCUUCCAUCUGCUGCUCCAUCCACACUCUCCUCCACACCAAGGCCCACAUCUACAACACUAAGACCCAAGCCCUCUUCCCCGAUUACCAGUGCUCCAACAGAGUCACCUACACCUGCAUCCUCCACACCUUCCACAGCCAAAACCAGCCUGCUGUCAUUGUCUCCGUUUUCCUUCUCUACUGUGUCCUCAACAGCACUGAGCACAUCACAUCCCACCUCCACCCACAAAAUGACAACUGUGCCACACAUUGUGCCGCCAGUCACCACAGAGAAGACUACUCCCACUGUGUCUGCCACCAGCACCUCCAUGAUCUCUGUCUCCAGCAUGGCCAGCUCCACCAGCAGCCCAGAAGUCCCACUGACGACAACAUCUCCUCUCCCCAGCAGCACUCUUAGCACCAGGCUGCCAUCUGCUGCCCCAUCUACACUCUUCUCCACCUUGCCCUCAUCCUCCACUCCAAGGCCCACAUCUACAACACUAAGACCCAAGCCCUCUUCCCUGAUUACCAGUGCUCCAACAGAGUCACCUACACCUGCAUUCUCCACACCCUCCACAGCCAAAACCAGCCUGCUGCCUUCAUCAGCAUCUUCCACCUUCUCAACUGUAUCCUCUACAGUACUGAGCACAUCUCUUCCCGGUAUGUAUUCCUCCUGCUCCUCAAGCUGGCGUGUUUGCUCUUCCAAAUUCUUACCCUUUGUUCCUACCAUACAGCACACACGGCUUUGUUGUUCCCUUCCUUUGCCCACUGAUUUUAACACUGUUGCUCCUGGAAUCUGUGGUGAGAUACUGGGUCUGUGCUGUGAUUUGGGUUGAGGAGGAGCUUCUUUUCUUCCUUGGAGACCAUUCGCUAUGAGAGAAUGCUCUGCCUGUUUUGGAGCAGGUAGACAGUGCCCUGUGCCAGUGUUCGGAAUGGACACAGACACAUGCAGAGAGUUUCUUCUUCAGGGAGAGGAGGAGGGACCUGAGGUGCUGGAGGGCAGCCCUGAGGCAUUGUUCUUAUCUCACCUUCCUAUGGAGGGAGGAACAGGAUGAGGAGAGAAAGGGCAGGAACAACUGCCACAUUCCUGCCUCUUUCCGUGCAAGUCUGUGUGGCACUGUCCUACCUUAUUGCCCCAUACCCCCAGCCCAGGGCUUCUGCUUGGGGACAGCCAGCCUCCUUUCCCUUUACUUGUUACUCUUUAACCUUCAGCUGACGCAUGCUUUCUUUCCAGUAGCCUCCACCCACAAAACAUUAUGCUGCACAUAAUGCCAUAUAUAAUCACAGAGAUGACAACUCCCACUAUGACUUCCACUAGUACCUCCAAGAUGUCCAUAUCCAGCACGGCCAGCCCCACCAGCAGCCCAGAAGUCCCACUGACAACAACAUCCCCUGCCCCCAGCAGCACACUCAGCACCUGGCUGCCAUCUGCUGCUCCAUCCACACACUCUUCCACCUCACUCCCAACCCCCACACCAAAGCUCAUGCCUACGACCCUAAGGCCCAAGCCUUCUUCCCUAACAAUCAGUGCUCCAAGAGAGUUACCUACACCUGUCUUCUCCACACCUUCCACAGCCAAAACCAGCCCACUGCCAUCAUCUGCAUCUUCUCCCUUCUCAGCUGUGUCUUCAACAGCACUGAGUUCAUCGCAACCCCGUAGGUCUCCCCUUAGUCCUUCCUGCUGCUCUGCUUGCUCUUCUCAGUUCUCACCCUUCAUUCCUACCAUACAGCACACACCACAAGGGUUUUUCUUUUGGCCUUGUCACUCCUGGAACCCAAGGUGCUGGGACUUUGCUCUUGUUCUGGCUGGGAGAGCCUGUUUUCUUUCUAGUAGCUUGUCUGCUGCUGUGCUUUAACAUUUUCAUCCAACAGCACUGAUAACAUAGCAGUGCUUUACCUGUCACUGAAGUAUGCUGGCACAGCAUCGAAGCAUUCUCUGUUUCUCCUCCUUCCCCCCAGUGAGUGAACUAGGCAUGGGCAAGUGCUUGGGAGUUACGCAUCUGGCACAGUACACACCAACUGACCAACAAGAUAUAUCAUGCCAUACAAAUUCACACUCAGCAGCAAAAAGGGCAUUGAGCUUUUUCAGAGAAGCCAGUCUUCAAUGAUUGGCUUGGCUGCAGUGUGCUAGUGGGAGGUGGUGAGUUAUUGCCUUUGCAUCCAUUAUGUGUUUGUUUCUUUUUCUAGUUUUUUUCUUCAGCUCUUCUACCAUCAGUGUUAUGACAUCUGAGUUUUUCCCUCUCUUUCCUUACUGAUUGGCUACUGUUUGGUGCUGAGGGAGACUUAAGCGAGCAGCUAAGUGAGGACUUAGCAGCCAUCUGCAGGGAAACCCAGAGUAGACUGCCUCUCCCUUUGCCCCUUUCAGCAUCCUUUCCUCUAAAGGAUCUGGGGGUGUUGUACUGGGGCACUGAUCUCUCCCUUGGAGUCUACCCUGCCCAGCUUGGAAUGGGCGAAUGGCAACCUCUGCACUGCCUUGGCUGGAUACAGGUAUUGUGAAAAGGCUCCUCUUUCGGAGAGGUGCUGAGGCGCUGUCCUUGUCCCAUCUUGAUGGGGAGGAGCAGGACAGAAAGAGAAAGGGCAGGAGCCUCUGGCCCAUUCCUGCCUCUUGCCCAGCGAUUCAGUGUGGCAAGGUCCUACCUCAGUGCCCCAUGUCUCUGGCCCAAGGCUUCUGCCUGGGAACAGCCAGCCUCCUUUGCCUUCACUUGUUACCCUUCAAGCGACCUAUCCUUUAUUUCCAGCAAUGUCCUCUCAGGAAAAGACAACUGUCCUUCACAUGGUGCCAUGUAUCAUCACAGAGAAGACUACCCCCACCAUGUCUUCUGUAAGCCCCUCUCCACUGAGGCCAGCCCCACCAGCAGCCCAGAAGUCCCAUUGGCAGUGACAUUCCCUGUUCCCAGCAGUGCUCUCAGCACCAGGUUGCUGUCUGCUGUUCUGUUCACACUCUUCUACACCUUGCCCCCAGCCUUCACACUGAAGCCCACACCUACAACCCUAAGGCCCAAGCCCUCUUCUGUGACAACCAGUGCUCCAACAGAGUCACCUACACCUGCCUCCUCCACACCCUUCACAGCCAAAACCAGCCUGCUGCCACCAUCUGCAUUUUCCCCCUUCUCAACUGUGUCCUUGACAGUGCUUAGCACAUUGCAUCCCUGCAAGUCUCCCUCCGGUUCUUGCUGCUGCUCUGCUCACUUUUCCCAGUUCUUGCCCCUAUUUCCUACCUGGCAGUACAAACCAUGCAGUGUUCACCCUCUAUGCUGUCAUCACCCUCCUUACCUUCUGCUUUUGUCAUUGUCAUUCCUGGCACAUAUGUUGAGGUGUUGGGACUGUGCCCUGGUUUGGGUUGGGAUGGUACUUCUUUUCCUCCUAGGAGCAGCUAGCAGCUAGCCUGAUGCUCUGCUUUGUGAUCAUCAGUCUUGGCUGUUAGUGAAGAGGGGGACUGAGAGAAUGGCUGAAUGGGGCCUCAGCAGCCAAACAGAGCAAGACAGAGAGGGAAAGGGCAGGAGCCACUGGCAAAUUCCUGCCUCUUGCCUAAUGAGAAUCAGUGUGGCAUGCUCCCACCUUUUGCCCACAUGCAUGCCCUAAGGUUUCUCCAUGGGAACAGCCCAUCUCCUUUGCCAUUUUUUUUCUUGCCCUGCCACUCUCAAUUGAGCUGUGCUUACCUCCUGCAGCCUCCACCCACAAAAUGACAACUGUACCACACAUUGUGCCACCAGUCACCACAGAGAAGACUACUCCCACCGUGUCUGCCACCAGCACCUCCAUGACCUCCAUCUCCAGCAUGGC